UAUCAGCCAAUCAUCAGUCAGUAUUCCAGCACAUGGCCGUCUGGGUCAUCUGGACGCGAGCUCGCGCUGCUGAGCAAAACAUUGGUCUUUUAUACACUCAUUAUGACGAAGCCUGAUACCAGACUGUUGCCUUCUGCAAUACUGUUCCACAUUUAGCAUUUCUCAUCACCCUGGUCGGCAGAAUACCCUCGGCACCUCAGAUCAUAAAGUCACUAUCCGCUGUCCAUCAUGUCCAUGUUCAGCACUGGUAUCCUGGUCCUUACGUCUCCGUUACACGUCCUCCCUCUCCGCAUCGCGCCUGUCCUCACGUCUGCCGCCCAGGUGGUCGAGCGCACACUUUACGUCCAUCUCCACCCCGGACUCAACCUGGGCACAGGGGGGCAGGUGCGGCCGGCUUACAUCCCACCCGUGGUGGAUCUCUGCGCUCUCAUCUCCCGCCUUUACAGCAACGCCGCUGACAUUUGUGCUCACCUUGACGUCAGAGUGCUGCUCAGUAACGUCCGCGCUCAAUCUGUGGCGUUGAGUGGAAACAACGGCCCUUUUCCCACCCCGCAGACGCUGUCCCACUCGCCAGAAGUCGUGCUCACAGACUUCCCCAUCCAGGAUUCAGGCCAGUCCUCGCUGGUCACCCAGUGCUUGCAGAAGUACACGGGUCACUGCUACGUCUGCAAGCCGAGUCUCUCAUCUGUGCUUUUAUACCCGCGACUAAAAGAGGUUGAGGAAGAUGAUGAUAGAAGAGGAAGAGGUGCACAAUUAAAACCGUUAGAGACGUUCAGUGAUGUGGUGGUUGGCGGCACCUUUGACCGUCUGCAUGGUGCCCACAAGACCCUGCUGAAUAUUUCCUGUCUGAUGGCCAACAGACGCUUUGUCAUUGGUGUGUGUGACCAGGAACUACUAAAGAAUAAGGUCUUGAAGGAGUUGAUAGAGCCGUACGAUCAGCGUGUGCAGAAGCUCCAGGACUUUCUAAACGAUGUAAAACCAUCGCUCAAGUACGAAAUCGUUCCUCUCUCCGACCCCUUCGGCCCCUCCAUAAGCGACCCUGAGCUGCAGUGCAUUGUGGUCAGCGAGGAGACGAGGAAAGGGGGUGAAGCUGUCAACAGGAAGCGUGUGGAAAAUGGAUUGGCUGAACUGGUUCUGUACGAGAUCCAGCUGUUGAAAGACGCCCAUCGUGCUGACAUCGAGGAGGAGAAGAUCAGUUCCUCCAGCCUGAGAACAAGAUUGCUGGGCACGCUGCUCAAACCUCCAUCUCCGCAGCCGGCUCUUCCUCUGGAUCCGUAUGUGAUUGGUCUGACGGGCGGCAGCGGGUCUGGUAAGAGCUCUAUAGCACACAGACUGGAGGCUCUCGGCGCCGUGAGGAUUGACUGCGAUCAGCUCGGUCACGAGGCCUACCUGCCGGGAACAUCCGCUUAUCAUAAGAUCCUCCAGGAGUUCGGCCCAGAUAUUCUUAAUGAGGAUAAGAGCAUUAACAGACGAGUACUGGGUGGGAAAGUGUUUGGAAACCAGGAGCGUCUGAAAGCUCUGACAGAUAUCGUGUGGCCGGAGAUCGCUCUGCUGGUGAAGAAAAGAAUAGAACAAGCAAAAGAACAGGGUAAGCGUGUCUGUGUGGUGGACGCGGCCGUGUUGCUCGAGGCGGGAUGGACAUAUUUGGUGCAUGAGGUUUGGGUGGCCACCAUCCCAGAAGAAGAGGCAGUGAAGCGUAUCGUCCAGCGUGACGGUGUGAAGGAGGAAGACGCCUUGAGGAGACUGAAGAGCCAGUGGCUGAAUGCAAAGCUGAUAGAACAUGCUAACGUAGUGCUGUGCACACUGUGGGAACCUGACGUUACUCAGAGACAGGUGUUGAAAGCCUGGACUCUGUUACAGCAGCGGAUUCAGAAGAGACAAGAAACAACCAGAUCUUCACUAUAAAUACAACCGGAUUUCAGCAUUUAGUGAAAUAGUUUAGUGACGGUUUUCCUCAGUUGAUCACUUCAGAAACAAACAAGUGACUCUUUUUUGAAAUAAUUUAGCAUUUGUUACAUUCAUAAACAAAUGAGCCAGUAUCAGUUCUUAUGUUCGUGGCUCUUCUGAUGUUUUGAAGAGGUUUGGGACAGAAAACACCUUGAGCACUUUUAAUAGAUGCGGUUUACCAUUUCUUGUUUUGUGCCUAUUGUCAUACUUGGUUGUCACACUGACAUUUAUGUAUUUUUGUAAACAGUUUUCAGUGGAAAAGGCUUUGAUCGUAGUGUAGAUUAUGCUUGUUCUGGAAGAGAGAUGGUUAUUAUUAAUCUAUAUUGUGCUUCCUGAAGACCAAAGAUUAAAAUGAAUGUCAGAUUAACCCAUAACAGACCAACUGGUCAGCGAUCGAAUGCGAAUUUACAAAGUGACUUUUGAUGUAAUUGUGAUUGAUUUAAAUAACCAAUUAAAAAUAAAAACCACCUGAAUUUC